AUGUCUGGUCCAUCAGAUUUUGAGGUAGAGAUUACACAAGUUACACAAUCUCAUCAUAAUCUUAUUAAAUUAAGACGGCAGAGUAGAAGAAGAAAAGAAUAUCAAAAGAAUCGUGAUACAUUGAUGCGUAUCACUUCUUUACCGUCGCAACCGCCUACGAAUAAUUCACUAAUAGAUGCGUUCUAUGGUGGUUCCUUAAACAUUUUUGAGCAUCGUCAAUGA